CCUUCCUCCUGGGUGCGAUCAGGGGCCCUAGAGAGUCCUGACUUGAAGCAAUCUGGAGCUUUCCUCAGACCAGGUGGGAAGUAAAGUCCAAACCUAAAGGAUCUGGUAAAAAGAAGAAGUGCAGUAUGGCUCCAGUUCCCUGGCUAUGUUGACGGACACUUGGGAUAAAUUUGGAAAUUCUAACCCAGUUCAAGAACCAACCUCUCCCAGAAACACUGAGAACAAUUUGGGAAGAAAACCUUACCUUUUGGGAGUGGAGUCUUUUGCUCCAAAACUCUGGAGCACUGAAGGCAUGGGAGAUUCCUAUGCAGCCACUUUCCCCAAUGGGAAUGGAUUGAUGUCUCCUUCAGCAAGCCCACAAGCUUCUACCACUUACAGCAAUGAUUACAGUCCUUUUCCCCAUUCCUUCUCAGCCUCACCCACAACUCAAGAUCCUUCUUCGUUGCUGGUGCCUAAGGGGCAUCCAUCCCCUGAUUGUCUCCCCAGUGUCUAUACCUCCUUGGACAUGGCACACCCUUAUGGCUCCUGGUACAAAGCUGGCAUCCACCCUGGCAUCUCUACCAGUUCUAGCAACCCUACGGCUUCUUGGUGGGAUAUGCAUUCCAACAGCAACUGGCUGAGUUCUCAGCCACAAUCAGAUGGACUCCAGGGCUCCUUACAGUCCAUGCCGAGUCAGGCGCCCAUCAGCCCCCAGCUACCCAGUUACACUUCUGAGUUCACAACUUUGAAUCCUGCUCCUUACCCUGCAGUAGGCAUUACUUCUUCAUCACACCUUCUCCCUUCAGGACAACAUGUGCUGCCCCAAGAAAUGUAUAAACCCAAGCCAGUGGCCAAUAACUCCCUGAUGGAAGGUGGGAUUGCCUUGAAGUCUGGAAGAGGGGGCUCCUUUGGCAGCACAACCGGCAGGUCCACUUGUGACUGCCCUAAUUGCCAAGAACUAGAGCGGCUUGGGGCCUCGGCAGCCAGCCUGCGGAAGAAGCCGAUCCACAGCUGCCAUAUCCCAGGCUGCGGGAAGGUCUAUGGGAAGGCCUCACACCUGAAAGCCCACCUGCGAUGGCAUACUGGGGAACGUCCUUUUGUCUGCAACUGGCUUUUCUGCGGCAAGCGUUUUACGCGCUCAGACGAGCUGGAGCGCCACGUUCGCACCCAUACCCGGGAGAAGAAAUUUACUUGUUUACUCUGUAACAAGCGCUUCACUCGUAGCGACCACCUCAGCAAGCAUCAGAAGACCCAUAAUGAAAUGGGAGUGGGCAAACCCCCAGACGGUGAAGCGGAGCGAGAAGAGGUUGCGACAGUGGCUGGUUCUCCCAACGCUGCCGCCCUUCAAGAUGGCCUGGCUGGAGAGGAAAAAGAUGCCACCAGCCCCGAGCAAAGCAGUCUCCUGGAAAUCUAAUGGGUACUGUGCGCGUGCUCCAGCUUGCUUACUUCGUACCAUCUCCACCGUUCUUCUUUGAGUGCUUCCUGCUAAAUAAUUUAUUUGUGGAUGAAACACAACCGCUGUUGCCGUUAGCCAUUCCUCUAGCUAAGAUUGUACCUUAUGUAAAGCUUCCCUAACCCCAAUCCAGAAGCCAAAUUCAGCUGGGACCUCAGAAAGUCUAUGACUUUGUGGCUAAAGACUCAUAGGCAAAAUCUGAAGCUACAUCCGCUAUUGUUUCUUAAGCUGUUAAAACCAAAAUAGCUACCCGCUGAGGUCUCUUUAUGUGAUCAUUUGGAUAAUGGCCAAAACAUUGAACUCGUAAUAUCAUGUGUAGGACUAGCCAAGUAGCAGGCUGGGCAGGACUGAAAUAAAUUUUUCUCAGGGUAUGUAUAGGAAUCACUUUCCAUCUCAUGUAAACCCGCUGAGCAUAUGAUUCUGAGCACCUCUCCUAACUUCUGGCACCCGUAGGUGACGGAUAAAAACAAUGGCCUUCUUUGAGAUUAGAACAGUGUAUCUGCACCAUUGAGCGUGCCCUUCUUCCCAGACUCUAGUGCAAUACUCAGAAGAUAAUAGUCAAAUAGUCAUCUCGCAGUGAAAUGGGCAGCAAACAAAUUUGAUAAGUAUAUGAAUUAAUAAGUUGGUUAGCUUCAGAUGCUGAAAGAGUGCUUAUUAGAGUUUUAAGAGCUGCAAGAAAAAAAAAGUUUUACAAGGAAUGGCUCUCCAGGUGACUGAUAGCAUUGAUGGGAAAAGCCACAGCUGGUAAAACUGUGCCUAUUUGUCAAGCUCUUCAAGAUUUAUAAGCCCUGGCAGGAUCCAGAUAUGGAAUUUUAUUACUAAGCCUCCACCCUUUCUUUAAAUAAACUUGGAAGCUACUGGUUCGAAAUUGUUGCUUCAGUAAAUAUAAAAGGAACUUUUGCUAUUAAAAAUCCCAUCCUAUUUAAAAUCAAAAGUCGUGGUUCUGGAGGCCUUAGGUAAUAAUUCGGAAGGACAAAUUAGCAGCCAAUUAUACAGCCAUCACUCUUCCACCAGUAUAAAUGGGGAUUCUGUUCUCCCUUGAUUUCUGUCCAUAUAUUUUUUGCUGCCAGAUCAGCAAGUAUUGUGUAGUUGAUUGGGUCAUGCAGUGAUCACUCCGAAGAAGAUUUUGGCAUUUCGCAGGUAGAAUUUCUGCCUGGUUUCCCCUGGUUUUCUAUGAAUGUCACUUAUUAUGCCAAGAGCUAAUUUGGGCCUUAUUUUGAAUAUUAGGGACAUGACCUUAUAAAGUACAAAUGGACUGUUCCACUGAAGUGCAGAAAUAGAGAAAUUCUAAUGUUCUUUAUUUUACCAAGGUAAAGGAAGUUGAAGAGGAAAACCAGUAAUUUCAUAAGAGAAAUAAGAAGAAUAGCUCACAAGAUGUCCCAUAUAGGUGCUACAAGGCUGUUUUGAACCUUUCUCUUCCCAUAUAUUUAAUCUAGAAAUAUAUUUAUCCUUAAAUUAUGAUGAAAAAUAAAUAGAGGUGAGGAGGUGGCUGGAUUCUCCAAAAAGCCUCUAACCAAAGGCAUUUAUUUUCUGAGAGAUCAGAACGGUCUCUCUGUUCAUUGGGAAAGAGCUUUCCUUGUGCAAAACAGUGCCACCUGCAACUUGCUUUGUUCUUUUUAGUUGUAGCUUCAUAUUUUGGGGGAGAAAUGAAAUAUUUAUAAUCUAAAAUGCUUUUUGUUUUAACUUCUAUUCAUUUUUGAUUAAAAAAAAAAGAUUCAGGUGGAUCUGGAAGCUUGUUAAUACUGGAUAUUUUGAGAAGCAAAUUCUCAAUAUUUGAGUGUUCUCAUUUUUUGGUAGGGAUCUACUCGGUUUAGCAAACCAACUAUCAACAGCUUAAGCCUUAGAGAAGGAAAUCCCUGGCACAACAUCCUCUAUUGUUUUGGGGAAUUAUUCCUUUUCAAAAGUCUAAUGUCUGUGGACCUAUGUGGUUAAAUGCUUCCCAGGUUGCUUUGAUCUGCUUGGUUUGGAGCUCAGGUCAAGGCCACUGGAUAGAAGAAGCUCACAUAGUUAAUUACCAACAAGAGGUCAUUGCUAGAAAAACAAUAUUCUUGUGUCAAGUUCUCCCCGUCCAUUUUGCAGUAUUUAGGCACACUAUUUCCACUGAGUUUCUGUGCGCUGCCCCUGCUUCCAACAUCAUUAAUUGGCUUCUCAAAGGGAACCUCAAAUGUGAUUUAACUCACAACGUGGAGAAACUCUAAAGUUUUUGAGAGAGGGGAGUUAUUAUUAGCUAGUUAAUACAAAAUGUAGUCCGGUAUAUUGCUUCAGAAGUGCAAAUCAUCACUCUCUGUUGUUUGCCUGCUCAAGCA